GCUGUGAACUUCACCCUGGAGGAAUGGUCAUGCCUGGAGGCCUCUCAGUGGAAGCUGUACAGGGACGUGAUGCUGGAGACCUACCAGCAUCUGCAGGCUGUCGAAUGUGGGAAGGCCUUCGAUCUAUCAUCACAUCUUAUUAUGCAUAGGAGAAUUCAUACAGGAGAGAAACCUCAUGAAUGUCAGACAUGUGGGAAGGCCUUUAUUCAGACCUCUAGCCUCAGUAUACAUAGAAGUGUUCACACUGGAGAGAAACCGUAUAUAUGUAAGGAAUGUGGAAAGGCCUUUGCUAGAGCUUCAAGACUUACUGUACAUAAAAGAAUUCACACUGGAGAGAAACCGUAUAUAUGUAAGGAAUGUGGGAAGGCCUUUGCUGAAUCCUCAAGCCUUCGUGUUCAUAGGAGAAUUCACACUGGAGAGAAACCAUAUAUAUGUAAGAAAUGUGGAAAGACCUUUGCUAUCCAAGAUGGCACUGGACGGUGGACACAUGGACUUCAGGUCUUGGUGUGA